GACAGGGAAAGAGAUUAACGGCCGUGACUGAGCAGGCGCAGGGUGGUUAUCAAGACGGGAGGCUGGGCUAGUGUGUUUGGUGCCAGUCCUCUACAGCAAGGUUUCUGAGGAAAGGCGAUCCACCUGAAGUGGAUCCUCUCCCGCCCCCUCCAAGAUUUUCUGUUUCCUCGUUCCAGCAACUGUGUUAUUUAAAAUUCCUGCUGGUUGAUUGACAGCUGGUUUGGGGGUGGGCUGGCUGAUUGCUUGUGGGAAAUUGGCUGUCUCUCUGAGAUCGAGGAGGAGGAAGUCUCCCUGUUUAUUUUUUUUUAAGCGCAAGUGUUUUUUCCCCCCUCGAAAAUGUUGCGGUCAGUAGCCCGUCGGUUGCCCAGGGUUUCUGCAGUAAUUGCCCCUGGAGCCAGGAGAUAUUCUGCGGUGGCAACACUUCCAGCCCCAGUCACUCAGCCGGACGUUUACUACGAUAAGAUCUUUAUCAACAAUGAAUGGCAUGAUGCAAUCAGUAAGAAAACAUUCCCAACCAUCAACCCCUCCACAGGGGAAAUCAUCUGCCAAGUUGCCAAAGGAGAUAAGGAUGAUGUGAAUAAAGCUGUGAAGGCAGCAAAAGAAGCAUUUAGAUUUGGAUCGCCAUGGCGAUUAAUGGAUGCAUCGCAUCGAGGGGUCCUUCUAAACCGUCUAGCUGAUCUCUUUGAGCGCGAUAGAGCAUAUUUGGCAUCACUGGAGACAUUGGACAAUGGAAAGCCAUACCACAUAGCCUACAUGGCAGACCUAAGUUUGGUUAUUAAAUGUCUCAGGUACUAUGCCGGCUGGGCUGAUAAAUAUCAUGGUAGGACUAUUCCCAUAGAUGGAAACUACUUCUGCUAUACACGUCAUGAGCCAGUUGGUGUGUGUGGGCAAAUCAUCCCGUGGAAUUUUCCACUGUUAAUGCAGGCCUGGAAGCUUGGACCAGCACUAGCAACUGGAAAUGUGGUGGUGAUGAAGGUGGCAGAGCAGACCCCACUAACAGCGCUCUAUGUAGCAAAUUUAAUCAAGGAGGCAGGAUUCCCACCAGGGGUUGUGAAUAUUAUUCCUGGUUUUGGAGACACUGCAGGAGCAGCCAUUGCCUCACAUAUGGAUGUUGAUAAAGUUGCAUUCACAGGAUCCACAGAGGUUGGUCACCUGAUCCAGCAGGCUGCAGGAAAAAGUAACUUAAAGAAGGUGACACUGGAACUCGGAGGGAAGAGCCCAAACAUUAUCCUUUCUGAUGCUGAUCUGGACCAUGCAGUUGAGGAGUCCCAUAUGGCUCUGUUCUUUAACCAAGGACAGUGCUGCUCUGCUGGAUCUCGCACAUAUGUUCAAGAGUCUAUCUACGAUCAGUUUGUAGAGAAGAGUGUGGAAAGAGCAAAACUUCGUACUGUGGGAGAUCCAUUUGACUCCAAGAAUGAGCAGGGGCCACAGGUGGAUGAGGAACAAUUCAAUAAGAUUCUGGGAUACAUUAGUAGCGGAAAAAAAGAAGGAGCUAAACUACUCUGUGGAGGAGGAGUGGCAGCAGAUCGUGGGUACUUCAUCCAGCCAACUGUGUUUGGAGAUGUGAAUGAUGAUAUGAUUAUCGCUAGAGAAGAGAUCUUUGGACCAGUGAUGCAGAUUCUGAAGUUUAAAACAAUGGAGGAAGUGAUUGAGCGAGCAAAUGAUACCAUGUAUGGACUUGCAGCAGCAGUGUUCACCAAUGACAUCAACAAGGCUAACUACGUGUCUCAGGGGCUGCGUGCAGGAACUGUCUGGAUAAACUGUUACGAUGUGUUUGGGGCUCAAGCUCCAUUUGGUGGAUACAAAGCAUCAGGCAUCGGGCGGGAACUUGGAGAAUACGGAUUAGAAGCAUACACAGAAGUAAAAACUGUGACGAUCAAGGUUCCCGAGAAGAACUCUUAAACCAGCCACUAAUUUUACAUGUCGUUUUAAACAUGAAAUUGUAAAGAAUGUGAGACGUUUAAACUGAUUAUGGCAGUCAUUAAAACUUGUGUAAUGAAAGGUCUGAUUAUAUAGUCAUAGCAUUAACUUUUGAACCUGAUGAUCAAUGUAAUAAUGGCCUUUUAUCUUUUGAACUAAAAUGUAAUUGCUAAAAAUAAACAUAUGCUGUGUAAAUUCCUUUAAGUAUGUGCUAAUGAGCAUUGAUUGAAUUUAUAGUUAUAGUUUCAUAUCAGUAAGUUAGGGAUUUAAAUUCAGUGAUUAAUCGACAGUUGAGCCAAAAUAUUAAUUACGCUUUUCUUGUAACUGGCUUGGUACAGUUGCUUUCUUGGACAUUGCAAAGUAAAUACUUAACUGGUUAAACACUAUAAGGAUUCCAGUGGUUUCUAAGUUUUUUUCCUUUUUUAGAAAUAUUUCUUGUUGCCUAAAGCUACAGUUCACUAUACAAAGCACAGAUGAGAUAGAACAUCUUUUUUUUAAUGGACUAAUUUCUGUGCAGUAUUAACAAGGAAUUUGCUUUUGAAUUUUAUACCAGCAAAUAUCAAUGAUGAUCAUCAAAUAAAGAAACAGAUUUGAUUACUAA